AUGUUCAGGAUCCUGUGCCUGUUUGUUGUCGUAGCAGUGGUCGCUGGAAUGCCCCAUGCACCGGAAUGGCAAGCUCCUGGGCCAGUUCCCAUGGGGCGAAUUGUAAAACGUGAAGCCCAGGGUCCUUUGUCGAACGGGCCUGCCAACGACCAGGAACCCGGUGCUGCAGUAGCCGCCGAAGACGAUAUGGACAAGGCGGAGACGUUUGGCUUUGGGUACCAUCAUUACUACGCCUAUCCCAGAUACUACUAUCCGAGCUACUACCAUGGAUACUAUCCACGUUAUCACUACGGUUACUAUUGGUAG